CGAAGAUGAAACAUUUAAUAUUUCACGCGUUCAUUGCGAUCACUUUCUAUAGUUAUGCACAGUGUGUUCAGUCGUGUGGCAAGCGACAAAUAAAAACUCGAAACCUGAUAACAAAUUCACUCGAUGCUCAACCCGGGGAUUUCCCUUGGCAUGUGGCCAUCCUACAGCGCGUCCCGGUAAAACAGUACAUUUGUGGCGGUACCCUGGUUGGGCAAAGCAUCAUAAUUACGUCGGCACACUGUGUUAGCAUUCCUGGCCACAGACAGGCAAAGCCCAUCGAAGAUCUGGUGGUGCAAGUGGGGAAACAUCUGCUCAACGCACCGGCAAGUGCAUCAGAGCCUGAGUAUUCACUGAGCUCCAUCAUUGUGCACCAGGCUUCCAAUGAGGAGCAAACCGAUCACGAUAUUGCACUGAUGAUCACGGAGGAACCGGUGCGGUACGGGAAGUUCGUCCAACCGGCUUGUCUUCCGACGUUUUCGUUGAUUCGAGACAACUUAGUUGGUACGAUAGUCGGCUGGGGUUUUACGGAACAUGACUCCAUCUCCAACGUCCUAAGGGCAGCGAAUGUACCGAUCGUUACAAAGGAUGUUUGUAUACGGAGUAAUCUGGAAGCAUUUGCACGCAGUGUGACCGAUGAAAUGUUUUGCGCUGGCUAUCGGAAUGGUACCAAUGCUUGCAACGGAGAUAGUGGUGGAGGUUUAUUCCGGAAUGUGCAGGGAAGAUGGUAUUUGGUGGGAAUCAUUUCAUUUUCCGUGACUAAGCAAAUGAAUGAAAAUCUGUGUAGCUCAACCGAUUAUACUGCCUUAGUGAACGUAGCCAAAUAUAAAGGUUGGAUAAAGGAGAACUCAGAUUCAAAUUUGGACCUUUCGUGUCCGGAAACAAAAUCAGCUGCCAGUACUACAACGAAGAAACAAUAUUUCGUUCAUAACAAUAAGGAGGUUACAUUUUUAGAAGCCUGGAGACUCUGUCAAAACACAGGACAUCAACUGGCUACGAUCACAUCCGAGGAGGACAGCCAACUGAUUGCACACGCGAUAAGUAAAUCUGGAAAUAAGAAAGGUCCUUGGUAUACAGCUGGAACCGAUUUGGGCAAUGAGGGACAAUUCGUUUGGAUUUCCACCAACAAGCCGGUUGGAUAUCAGACUGGAUAUUUGAAUUUCAGACCCGAUCAGCCGAAUGAUGCAUGGGGAAACGAAGACUGUCUCGAAAUCGGCCGUUGGGGAGGAGUUGAAUGGAAUGAUAUACCGUGUGAUUGGAAGCAAAGAUACAUUUGCGAGAGCGUUAUUUGAAAUUAGAAGUCUUAUAAUCAUUACAGGAAAAUACAUUUUAUUCUUCUGAACGAAUCUUGUAAAAAUAAACUUAAGUUUAUCCUACACAGA